UUAUCAACGUACGCAACGCGCUUAAUCUUAUUUGAGUGUACCUCCGCAAUCAUUAUUGUACUUUGCUCAGUGUCGUAGGUACGAUCAAAGUGUGUUGCGGUCUUAGUUAUUUUAUUCUCAGUUGUUGCUAAAGCCGUUAAGCGUAUAAGUUCACGAUAAAUACAAUGGCUAAAUCCCUGAAACUAUACUACGAUCUCAUGUCGCAACCUUCCCGGGUGCUGUGGAUUUUGCUGGAAAAGAGCAAAAUCCCAUACGAACGAUGCCUGGUGAAUUUGGGCAAAGGUGAACAUCUAACCGAUCAGUUCAAGGAGAUUAACCGCUUCCAGAAGGUACCGUGCAUUGUCGAUAGCCAGAUCAAACUUGCCGAGAGUGUAGCCAUCGCACGUUAUCUGGCACGGGAGUAUCAACUGCCGGAACACUGGUACCCGACCGAUAGCCGCCGGCAGGCACGUGUUGACGAGUAUUUGGAGUGGCAGCAUCACAACACGCGCGCCAGCUGCGCCACGUACUUCCAGUACGUUUGGCUCCGGCCGCGCAUGAUGGGCAGCACGGUUGACCCGAAGCGGGCCGAGCAGUACAAGUCGCAGCUGGACUCGUGUCUAGAUUUUAUCGAGCAAGUAUUUCUCGGCCAUGGCUCACCCUACAUCGUGGGUGAUCAGAUAUCGAUCGCUGAUUUGGUAGCGGCCUGCGAAAUCGAGCAACCGAAGAUGGCCGGCUAUGAUCCAUGCGCCGGUAGACCCAAUCUAACGCAGUGGAUGGAGCGAGUAAGGAACGCGACCAAUCCAUACUACGAUCAAGCACAUAAGCUGGUCUACAAAAUCAUGCCAGACUCGGUACCCAAACCGAAGCUGUAAAUGCUUCCGGUAAUUCUUCUAAAAGUCCCUAGAAUUCGGACUAAAGACCGACUGUCGUCGGAACGCGAAGCGGCUCAUGUUGGUUCAUUCCUGCAGAUAAUCGAUAUGCGGCGGCUCUUGCAUACCGGCUGCUGAAGGAACUGUGACUCGUUGGAUGGUAGA